AAAUGACACAAUACCAACCUCAAAUCCAAAAUGUCAACAUUCCACAUCGGCCAACGGCUAAGCUAUUCCGGAAGCCUGUGUACCAUUCGGUACAUUGGGCCCGUAACCGGCACCGAGGGUGAAUGGCUAGGGGUUGAGUGGGAUAACGUCUCCCGGGGUAAACACUCGGGCCAGCAUGGUGGGAAGAGGUACUUUGAAGGUGACCCCCGUUCUCCUUCAAGCACAGAAAUUAGGUACUAAUCCAGCCUUUGAUAUAUAGCAAAGCUCCCCGGCUCCUCCACCUUCAUCCGAACAACCCGUGUUCCUGACCCACCCACUACCUUUCUUGAGGCGCUGAGGAAUAAGUAUACUACUGAGAAGGACAUCUCGUUCGAGAUUGGGAAGCCAAUCAGUCUGUCGGCCACAAAGGUGUUCGAAGAAGUGGGGUUUGAUAAAAUCCUUGAGAAACUAGGUCGGUUGAGGGAGUUGGAGGUUGUGCUUCUGGAUGGGAUGAGGAUUGUGCGUGGGGAUGGGGCCUCGGAGGUGCUUAAUACUUGCCCUAGUGAGUCUGGCUAUUCUUGGGAAGGGGAGGGGAUGGGAGUGUUAAUGAUUGAGGGUAGAGGUUGAGGAACUGGAUGUUUCCAGGAAUCUUUGGGAGGGGCUGGAGGAGAUUGCGGGUGUUUGUAGGGAGUUGAAGAUGUUGAGGGGGUUGAGGAUUAGGUACUUAUAUCUACGCUAGGAUAUGGAAAGGCCCAUGAAAGGCUAAUGGCAAUCACAGUGGAAAUCGCUUCUCCUCCCUGGAGGUCGGCGACGGAGACCCCCCGUUCGAAGGUGUAUGCAGUCUGGAAAUCAACAACACACUUUUUGACUGGACCGACGUUUGUCUCGCAUCCCCCCCUAUUACACACAUAUUCAAACUAAUAUACAAACACAGAUAGUCCACAUACUCCAAUUCUUCCCCAAAAUCCAGACCCUUCUCUCAGCCAGCAACAGCACCACCGAAAUACCCAAAUCUAUCACACUCCCACACACACUAACAACAAUAAACCUUGAGCAGAACGCCUUCACAUCCCUCUCGUCAAUAUUCCCGCUCUCCAACCUUCCUCAGCUAAAAAAGUUGAUUCUAGCGCAUAAUACCAUCUCGACAAUUCAUUCUCCUGAGUCCUCUCCCGUAGUAUUCCCGUCUCUCGAGCAUUUGGACCUUAGUUUUAACUCGCUAGGGACAUACCCCUUGCUGGACCUUCUCCCACCUCUAUUCCCAUGUUUAACAUCACUGAGGAUCUCACAUAACCCGCUAUUUAGCAGCACACCUCUAGAAGAAGCGCACAUGCUUGCUGUAGCCAGGACGCCUGGGAGGGUCACCAUGCUGAAUUACAGCAAGAUAACUGAAGCCGAGCGUGCUAAUGCAGAGCUCUACUACCUCAACCGGAUAGCGAAGGAAAUGGCGAAAGUCGAGGAAGGAAUGGAAGACACUGUUUUGCGAGAUCAUAAACGCUGGGAGGAAUUAUGCAAAUGUAGGCACCUCUCUCCCCUUAAAUGCCCGCAGAGCUAACAAACUACAGUACACGGAAAACCCAUCAUAUACAGAAGCAUGGAAGAAAAAAAGACCCUAGCAUCAAGACUCAUAGAUCUGGAAUUCCUACCAGACGGGAAGGAUCCAUUGGUCAAGAAGAUCCCAAAAUCAUUGCCGGUGUCCACGCUCAGAGGCCUCGUUGGCAGGAUGUUUGGCAUCGCGCCGUUGAAGGUGCAGAUGGAGUACAUCUCACCCGAGGAGGGGAGUGAGGACGUACCACUUGACGACGACAUUAAAGAAAUAGCUUUUUACAUCGACGGCAGGGAGGGCAGGAUUAAAGUCGCCGAGAAGGCAUAGAUCUAGCGUGGAUGUUAAUAAAGCCAUGAUGUAAUCAUAUUGUGGGAUGGAAAAAAAAAUGUAUCAUAUCAUAUAGUAGAUAUGAUGCUAGGACAAAGAUCCUCCAAUUCAUAACCUGUAAUUAAUCAAUCAUUAAUAAUACAAUACUCCCCUAAACUCCACCUGGUCCACGUUCUCGAACGCGAGCACAAUACUGCAAAGCACGAUUAUCUCCACCCGCACCCGGCCAACCUCCACAACCUGCAGAAGCCAGUAACACUUGGGGCCCGUACCAGGAUCUCACUCUCCCUCUGUUGUCCACACCCAAAUGCCCUCAGACGUAGACAAUAGGCUCUAGCAUAUUUCAGAGGGAUUUAUAUUUUCUACUUGAAGAAAGAAAGAAAGGAAGAAGGAAGAAGAAAAAAGGCAACAACAUUUUCCUUCACGGUUGUCUAUAUAGUCUACCCAUGCCAGUUACCCUACCCCACCCCGACUGCUUUUUUCCCUUUUUUCUUUUUUCCUUCUUUGUCCCCUUUAUCCGAAAGUCUUGGCAAGCGCUGCCGACCAUCUAUAUAAGCACACCAACACCCCAACCCCACUCUUAAAAAACACAAAAAAAAAAACUCAUUUCAAGAGCGAUUUUAUUGUAGGAGUUUUCCGAGAAUAAAGGGGGCGGACGCCCCUUUUUUCUUUUCUCUUUUCUUCUACGGAGUUUGUGGAAUUGUUUCCUCUGCUAAUCGCUCGAGAGUAAGUUAUGGCGCCGCAGCUGGAGCCUUUUCCCUAUGCUUCUGUGGAGAUGUGUUCCUUACCGGUGGUCGCUACAUUGUU